UAGUGACCAGCAGGGGCGACUCCUCUGGUCCUAUAAGGAAGAUAUUGAACAUGCUUCUUUAAAAUGUAAGACAAAUAAUAAAGUCAGAAUUAAAUAGCAAGGGGUUGAAGCUGAAUAUGAUUAUAAUUAUAAAUUAUAUACUAGAGGAACAAGUGAUGCAAAGAGACAGGAUCAUUAUGUUUCUGAAUGAAACAGGCCUAAUGAAAAGAAUCUAAACUAUAUAUAAUAUAUAUAUAUAUAUAUAUAUAUAUCUCCUCGUUAUUUUUAAUUGUCUAGCCUCUCCAUAAAUCCCUUUACACACUGUACAGUAGGUGGCGGUAUACGCUACUAUCGCGGUAUCCCGCCAAAAAGAAGAAGAAAUAACGGGGGUUGUGUUCGGCGCAGUGCUGCCCCCGUGUGGCUAGCGGCUUUGUAGCUUUAGCGUGUAGCUAACAGUCGUCCGGCCGUGUGACGUUAAAGGCCUGACUCGGAGAGUCGGACAGUUGAGCUCCGGUAGCCGUUUAACGCCUGUCCGUGAGGUUCAGGAGCCGGAGAGAUCAGCUGCUGUCCGGGUUCACGAUAGGGGACAACAACGGAGCUAACGGGGACAUGAACACGAGGUUCCGAAGCACCGGCGACCCGCAGCUGGACGAGGCGGUGCAGCAGUGGUUGAGCUGGGACAAGAACUGGAGGACCCGGGCCCAGGUGAGGUCCCUGGUGGAGGCGGGCCGCCUGGAGGACCUUAGGACCAGGCUCUGCGGCAGGAUGAGCUUCGGCACGGCGGGCCUCAGGGCGCCGAUGGGAGCCGGAUUCACCCGGAUCAACGACCUCACCGUCAUCCAGUCCACGCAGGGUCUACACGCCUACCUGUGCAGGUGCUGUGUGGACCUGGGCAGCAGAGGAGUGGUGGUGGGCUUCGACACCAGAGGACAGGAGGACAGCGGCUGCACCAGUCAGAGGUUGGCGAGGUUGACGGCCGCCGUGAUGCUCAGCAGAGACGUUCCCGUUCACCUCUUCUCCUCCUUCGUCCCGACGCCGUACGUGUCGUAUGCCGUGAAGAAGCUGGGCGCCGCAGCCGGAGUGAUGAUCACCGCCUCGCACAACCCCAAAGAGGACAACGGCUACAAGGUGUACUGGUGUAACGGCGCUCAGAUCUCCACGCCUCACGAUAAGGAGAUCCUGCAGAGUAUCGAGGAGCAGCUGGAGCCCUGGAGCUCCUCCUGCUGGGACGAGGAGCUGGUGGACAGAUGCUCCCUGAGGACAGAUCCUCUGAACCACAUCAACACCUGCUACAUGGACGAGGUCUCCUCCCUCUGCUUCCACAGAGAUCUGAACUUAAGCUGCUCGAUGAGGUUCGUCCACUCGUCCUUCCAUGGUGUGGGACACGUCUUUGUCCAGCAGGCCUUCUACGCGUUCGGUUUGGCCCCACCGAUCCCCGUCCCCGAGCAGAAGGACCCUGACCCCAACUUCUCCUCCGUCCACUGCCCCAACCCCGAGGAGGGGGAGUCCGUCCUGGCGCUCUCUUUUCUACUGGCCGAGCGGGAGGACGUUUGCGUCGUCCUGGCAACGGACCCCGACGCCGACCGGCUGGCCGUCGCUGAGAAGGCCGACGGGUGCGGCUGGAAGGUGUUCACGGGAAACGAGCUGGCUGCCUUGCUGGGCUGGUGGAUGUUCUUUAACUGGAAGGAGGCUCAUCCGGACCCUGCAGACACCCAGAAGGUCUACAUGUUGUCUACCAGCGUGUCCUCCAGGAUCCUGCAGACCGUAGCUUGCACUGAGGGGUUCCACUUCGAGGAAACUCUUCCUGGCUUCAAGUGGAUCGGCAACAGAAUACACGAACUCACAAAAACAGGAAACAACGUCUUAUUUGCCUUCGAGGAGUCGAUUGGUUUCCUGUGUGGCAGUUUGCUUCCUGAGAAAGACGGCGUGAGCUCAGCGGCGGUUGUGGCUGAGAUGGCCGUCUACCUGAAGAACAAGAACCUGAGUCUGAAGCAGCAGCUGCUCAACAUCUACCAGACGUAUGGUCACCACGUGUCUCGGACCUCCUACGUGGUCUGUGACGACCCCCCCACCAUCCAGAACAUUUUCCACCGGAUCAGAAAUUUUGAUGGCGAGGCCUCUUACCCGAAGGCGUGCGGCGGCGUGCGGAUUGUCGACGUCAGGGACGUAACCACGGGUUACGACAGCAGUCGGCCCGACCUCCGAUCGGUUCUUCCUGUGACGAGCAGUCACAUGAUCACCUUCACUCUACAGAACGGCGUCGUGGCGACGCUCCGAAACAGCGGCACCGAACCCAAAAUCAAAUACUACACCGAGUUCUGCGCCGCGCCGGGAGACGGGUCAGCUGUGGUACCAUUACGUGUACAUUAUACCAGCAAUAUAUAUAUAUUACUACUGUUUAUCCAUCAUUUGUAUUGUUGUCAAUAUUAUUGUUAUUUAGUUUUGUUCCAAUUAUCAGCCAGGUGUCCCGUCUGGAGGCGGAGCUUCAGAGGGUCACCGCCGCCCUGCUGGACGAGUUCCUGGAGCCCGAAAGGAACAAGCUGAUUCGCCGCAGCGUUUAGCUCCGCCCCCUGGGAGGUGUUUUCUGUUGGUGAUGUCACAUCCUGUCAGACGGCAGAGAGCAUGAUGGGUAAAGAGAAGCUCGGAGGCUCGUUGUUGUUUAUUCAACAGAAUCAAAUAAAACACCAAAACUAGCAAACAUUUAGUUUAAUGAGAAUAGUUUGUGAUUUCAGAGGAUGAAACAAUUAUUUAAUUUGUGUUUUAUUUAUUUUUCUAAUCCUUUUAUCUUGUAACACCAGUCCAUUCAGAGGAAAUCUGCUAUUUAUAAUAUUAUAUAUUUAAUCAAAGUAAAUAUAAACCACAGAAGAAGAAAUGCCUGAUUUUGUUUUGAGUCUAAAGUGCUCUUAUUUGACUGCAGCAAUGCAUUCUGGGGCUUGGAGUUUUUGUCCAGCUCCUUUGUCUCAGUUAUUUCUAACCGUGAGUGUCUGAAGUUCCCCUUCACAUCACAUGUCACUUCACUCUGUGGUUAAACUUAUUUUUAUACAUAUUUAUGUUUAUUUGUUUAAAGGUUGGUGAGCGGCAAUAAAACCAAAUGAACCGUGAA